AUGGUUGUUAGACGAAAUGUUGAUGGACGGAAUGGCAUUAGACUAAAUGGAAAUAGACCAUGCGAGGUCCGCUUGGUGAACGGCACCAGUCAGUUCUCGGGCAUCGUCGAGAUCCUCGAUGGGGCGAGGUCGAUAUGGCUGACGGUAUGCCACACGCCAUCGUGGGGUAUCAUCGACGUCCAGGUCAUCUGUAGGCAGCUAGGUCAGGCUGGAGCCAGUCGGGCAUUCACGGUAGAGGAGACCAACCCUGAUAGACCAAUAUCCUUCUACAACCAACUGUUCAGCUGUACAGGAAGCGAAGCGGAAAUCAACGAUUGCCCCCGGACUCCUCUUGAUACCAGUACUCUAGAAGCGUGUACACCAGCUUGGGCUAGUUGCUAUGAUGAACACUAUCUCGGUUGCUACGGCGACAGCCGGUACGACCGCGUCCUAACCGCGGCAAACUACCCUUUCACCAGCGUCAUGUCCCCGCAGGUCUGCAUGACCUACUGUAUGGAACUUGGACACACGUACGCUGGGGUCGAGUAUGCGAGUGAAUGUUACUGCGGUAGUGCGGUGACGGAUUACGCGCGUCAAGGACGUUACGCAGACAAGCACUGUCAGGUGACGUGCGUCGGGAAUCCGACAGAGAGUUGCGGUGGUGUGCAGAAGCUCGCGGUCUUUCGCACUGUGUUACAACCAAUAUCAGCUCCCACGACAACUGCUGAAACGACGGUCGCCACAGCGUUACCAACCACAGCCGCUGUGUCAACUCCCGAGGAAACCACUGCCGUAUCCACUAAAGGCCGAAAAACCACAGCAAAAAUCCUUCAGACAGAUAGGAGGGCGCCACCAACGACGACCUUCAGUCGAGCCAAGGCCUCAACAACCGCGGUCGUACAGUUUACCGGGCAGAAUGUGUCAACAUCAACUAUUGCCGGACUGGCAGCAGGUGGCGCCAUCCUCUUUCUAGUGUGUUCUGCCGCGCUUCUUUUCGUAUCAUUACUGUACAGACGGCGGAGGAAAAAAGCCUCCAUCAUGGCGGAUCCAUCUCCUUAUGCAUUGUCCGCCUCAGUGGAGGUCGUCAUGGACACCACCUACCUAGAUCCGAUGAACUCAGUUGGUGACUCUGCCGUCUAUAGUGGACUUUCUCAUGUCUCUGAGAGUGAAUUCGACAGCACCUUCGGAGGUGGGGAUAGACCAACCGAUUUCUCCACCUAUCUGGGACUGACCUUCAAGGAGAUGCAAAAGCGACACGACGAGGAGUACGCGUCGCUCAACGCACACCACAAAAACGAAGGUAGCUUCGUAACGACCAGUAGUGGGGAUGUUGGAGAUGUGAGUGAGCUGGCAACCAACAGCGAUGCGUCAGGGUUUGAAACUAGCCAAGAGUCAGUCGGUAUUGGCGUGCCUUUGGCCAUACCUAGUAUACGACACCCUAUCAGGGGUGAUCAAGAACAGGAAUUGUACGACGAGCCACACAAAUCUGGAAUAUAUAUAUCAGGGACAGGUCUUUGCCCUUUCAAAUACGGUUUCGAGUACGAUGCGGGAAUGUAUUCCCCAGUCCACCAAGGGUCGUACUGCGAGAUUGGUAGUGGAGCAACUGAAAGUCAAGGCGAAAUGCUUGAAGAAGGAUCGCACGGUUUGAGUCAGGCAAUGGAGAAACGACCUCCUCUGAGACCUCCAGUUAUACGGGAAUAUGCCAGUGUUUUCCCUCAUCUUUCACAGACUGAACUCGGUACAAAUCAACUUGACACUGAGACGGGUAGUUGUCAUAUUAGCGGACGCUUAGAAAGCGGGGAAUAUGCCACAGUAUCAGAUCUAGAUUUCAAGAGCCGGACGUCACGUCUUCCCAGUAAUGCACCAGGGGACAAGCAAAAACAUUUGAAUACCUUACCAGCCUCUGUCCGAUUAAGUACAGAACCACAGCUUCGGGUUGGUAGUAAACGAAAUGGUGAUUAUGAUAGUGUUUAUUUCGAGGGUAGAAAACAAUCCAAAACGCUUCCAGAUUCCAGAAAACGACGUAUGAUCGAGAGCGUCCCGUUUCCUUCUGUCCUCUACCCUGAUUAUGCGACCAUUGGCGACGAAAGCGAAAUGCAAUUGAAAUACGAAUUCACAAACGAUGACACAUUCGAGACUGAAGAUGUUGUGAACAACAUGGACCACUCAUAUUCAUAUGUAGAUCACAAGAAACUCCUGAUAGCAAAGAACAAGAAGUGCUCCGUCAAGGACCUUUCAAUUUCAUCUGAAGGGAGCGUUGGAAAUCCAAGUUACGAAAAUGUAAAUGGCACAGAGAAGUGCUCAAAGACCACUCCUAGGAUAUCUGUGUCUUCGAUUUUGUCCCAGAUGUCUCCUCGAGGGCAACUGCGAAAGUAUUCGUCUCUGGAGGAAGAGUAUAACAACAAAGAAAAGCUUGAUACUUUGAAACCUGUAGAUAACCAAAAGAGGAAACCAUCUGCGACAUUGCCAAGGGACUUGCGCCCAUCCGAAGUAGAAUACGCCGUAGUGGAUAAGGUAUCAAGAAACUCAGAACCAGCUCUCUUUGCCAAGAAACUUCCGAAUUUGGGCGACGAUGAUUAUGACGUUCUGCAACAUACAAGUCUCGAAUAGAAACCACAUGUUCUUUGUAUUAAAAUUGCCAUACUAAUAAUAGACAAAUAGACCGGUUUAAGGCAAUAUUGUGGCAAAUUGUCGAUCUGCCAUUAAGUGUUCUAUCAUCUAAUAAGCUAGGGUGAUCGAUGUACCGUUGUAAUUUGUGAUAUUUUCGUAAAAAUACUGAAGGAAGACAAAAUAUUAUUUCUGACCAUGUUGUCGCCAAAGUAGGGAAUGAUUUAUAUUUUGUGCAGCAUUUCUGGAAAAAAAUAAGUAAUAAAGAUAAAAUGGAAAGUUUAUUUGCGAAUGAUUACGAUGGAAUUCUUUUCAAAAAUAGUGCAUAUUAUAUUCGCCGUUCUUUUAUAGUGUACUUGCAUAUUGCACCAUGCUUGUGGAUUUAUAGUUAUUUUUAAAUAAUUAAUAAUUUUGAAAUAAUUUUCGAAUAAUUUUUUUAUGAUAAUUGCCAGGUGAAAAUUUUCUUUCAAAUCCGAAUUCAAUGAUCAUGAUGAUUUCAGCUUUAUUUCAGCACUGAUUCAUUUUGAACACCAAAUUAAGUAACUACAGUACACGAUAUCACAUUUCAUAUGACAUUUUUUUUAUCGAUAAUUAGUCUUUCGGUAUGCUAUUUCCAUGAAGGCGUUAUAUUUACUUCUUGUCUUUAAAUUCAUCGAUAGGAUUAUUCAUAUUUGUAAUUUGGUUAAGCUUAUUCUAAGGUAAAUCUGCUCUUCACUGGUCUUCCAAGACUGGGAAGAGGGACCAUCAGGUUAGAAUGAUUGAAGUUGCUCUCCUCUCCCGAGCCACCAACUGAAGAGCUGGGUGGAUUGUGAAUAAAAAAAUAUAUAUUUGUACAAUUCGUUUUCUUUUUAUCAUCCAAAUUAAUUGUAACUUGAUUACAUUGAUUGAUUACAUUUUUGAAGGUAAAACAUGCGCAACGAAUGAUGACUAAAUAAAUAUAUGUGAUUUGGUCAAAUAGCAUGAUGGAAUUCGGGAUAUCAUUGGCUCCAUUUCAGCUAGGGUUACACCUGAACCAGCUGCGAAUCCAUCCAAAUACACGUAGGUUAUUCGGGUGGCUUCGGGAGUAUUCUCUUCUGAGUCCCUAUACGCGAAUGCGAGAAAAUUCAGGAAAGAUUCGGGAACAUUCGAAUCCACCGAAACCACUAAUUAGGCCGAAUUCGACUAGAAUCGGUCCGAAUCUAUUCCCGAGAAUUCGGAUUUGGUGUAACCCUGGCUUUAGGCAAAUACUUUUAAUUGCAAUUCGCGAUAUUGGAUAAAAUGUCGCUUUUUGAAUCACACUUAUUUUGUCACUAUAAAUCCUACAUGCCUAUGGAUUUACAUGGAUACAACAUGACUGCUCCUUCAAAGAUCACACAAUACAUCCUGAUGAUCUGCUAGUCAUAAUAGACAUACCCGCUAUUCAUAAGGUCCUAUCGUUAUAAAACGGAAAGUGGUCACACAAUUUCGUUAUGUCAAACUAGGACCACUAUUCAAAAAGUUCAUUAUUCAUAAUUCGAAAUGAGGGUCAGUAGAAUAAAAACUC